CUGUGGAGCCAAAAAAUAUUGCUUUGGCUUCACUAUUGCAGGGUACAUUUUGAGUUUUAGUGGUGCUAAAAAAAGUUAUAUAACUAUUUAGAGCAUCCACAGCAGUGAAGCCAAAUUUUUAGCAUCACAAGAAGUCACUUUAUCUAUUUCACUUUCUUACAUCCAACAGCUGUGGUUUUAUUUUAGCUUUUAACACAAUAAAAUAACAUAAACACUACAAUAAAAUAAUAUUUCAUUCAACCACCAAAACACAACCACAACCACAAUCAAAGCCAUAGAAAUCACUGCACAAAGACACGGAGAGAGGAAAAGUAGUGUGAAUGCAAAAUGAAAUGUAGAAGAAAGAAUAAAAAAUAAGGAAAGUUGUGUGAACGCAAAAUAAUUUUUAUUUUUAUUAUUUUUUUAUAACCUUUCAGCUACAGUACACAACCAAAAAUAGCUGUGCAAGCUGUGGAGCCAAAAAAUAUUGCUUUGGCUCCAUUAUUGCAGGGUAUAUUUUGAAUUUUAGUGGUGCGCUAUAUACCUAAUAAGCACCACUAUUGCUAGCGCUCUUAGCACCAGUAAUGCUGGGGCUCCAACGCGCUUACUUUCUUGGCUACUAGCCGUUGACUCCUGAGUACUGAAAAGAAAAAAAAAAAAGGAAAGUAAGACCAAUGACUUUCUUGGCAACUAUCAUGACGAAUUAUCAAACCCAUUCCAAACAAUUUUAUUCCAACAAUUUCCAAUCUCCAAUAACUUUUUCUCUGAUCAAAGCAUCCCUUCCCCACUUCAUUUUUAUGCGUCUAGAUUUUGUAAUAUAGAACAUACAGCUUAAGAUCCAGCAUAUUAACCAGUUGGUAAUUAGUAGUUAGUAGCUUUCAAUGUGUAAUUCAAGUUUAAUCACGAUUACUCUUGCUUUUCUCAUAAGCCUCAGUCUCUGUCUUCCCCUUGCACAACCAGAACUAUGUUCCAACACAGGCACUUUCUCUACUAACAGCACCUAUGCCAAUAAUCUCAAUCUUUUACUCUCUUCUCUCCCUUCUAAUGUCACGGCCAAUGGUGGCUUUUACAACACCUCUGCUGGCCAAGAUCCCAACAAAGUUUAUGCUCUUGCACUGUGUAGAGGAGACCUUGAUACGGGUAACUGUUACACUUGUACGAACACCUCGAGCCUAGAUAUCACAAAGCAGUGUCCUGACCAAAAAGAAGCAAUCAUAUGGGGGGCUGAAUGUAUUCUAAGGUACUCAAACAAAAACAUUUUUGGCACCAUGGAGGUUUUGCCUUCUAAGUGCGUGCCUAAUCCCAAUAAUAUAGCAUCAACGGAUUUGGAUCAGUUCAAUCAAACACUAAAUAAUUUGAUGGGGAGCCUUGUCACACAGGCUUCAUUGGGUUCCCCUAGUAUAAAGUACUUUGCAGUUGGGGACAAAAGCUUCAGUAGCUCAAGAAACGUGUAUGGACUUGUGCAGUGCACCCCAGAUUUAUCCCAGAUGGAUUGCAGAAUUUGCUUAGAAGGCGCAGUAGCAGAUAUUUCAAGCUGUUCUGGUGGGAAGGAAGGGGGAAGAGUUCUUAAACCUAGCUGUAUUGCUUGGUUCGAGGUGUUUCAGUUUUAUGAUUCAACUUUUGUCCCUUCUUCUCCCACAACACCAGUGAUCCCUCCAACCUCGGAUAAUUCUUCUCCCACAAAAACAAGCAGAGAGAACAGUAGCACAGCCCGCCUUGUUUUGUUCGUUGUUGUUCCAAUUGCAGGCUUAAUGACAGUAAUCACGCUUGCUUGGGCAAUUCUUCAGAAGAAGAAGUCAAAGCAAAAUGUUGAUAAUGAUGAUGCUAUGAAAAGGCUGGAAGCACUGAAAUUCAACUUCAGCACAAUAAAAGCAGCAACAAAUAACUUUUCUAAUGCCAAUAAGCUUGGAGAGGGUGGAUUUGGUUCAGUAUACAAGGCUAGACUUCCAAAUGGACAAGAAUUUGUUGUGAAGAGACUAUUUCACAAGACUGAGCAUACUGAAGAGCAAUUCGAGAAUGAGAUCCUGUUGGUGGCUAAGCUCCAACAUAAGUGUCUAGUUAGCCUUCAAGGUUUUUGCUCCGAAGGAGGGGAAAGAAUCAUUAUUUAUGAGUUAGUUGGCAAUGGAAGCCUGGAUCAAUUUAUAUAUGAUCCCAUCAAGUGUGCCCAGAUGAAUUGGGAAAGGCGUUAUAAUAUCAUUUGUGGCAUUGGUCGGGGAAUUCUUUACCUUCAUGAAGAUUCUCGCCUUAAGAUUAUACAUCGAGAUCUCAAACCAAGUAAUGUCUUGUUAGAUGAAGAGAUGAAUCCUAAAAUUUCAGACUUUGGCUUGGCAAGGCUAUUUGAUGCGGGUCAGAGUCAAGAUAGGACAUGUAGACGUGUGGGGACAUAUGGAUAUAUGGCUCCAGAAUAUAUAUCACACGGGCAUUACUCAGUGAAGUCAGAUGUCUUUAGUUUUGGUAUCUUGGUUCUAGAGAUUGUGAGUGGUAAGAAGAAGAGUUGGCUUUGCAAUACAGAUGAUGUAGAGCUCCUUCUAAGCUAUGCAUGGACUAAUUGGAGAGAAGGGACAGCUUCAAAUCUGAUAGAUCAGACACUUGGGGAUGGUUCAAGGAGUGAAAUAAUGAGAUGCAUUCAUAUUGGGUUAUUAUGCGUUCAAGAAAAUGUAGCAUACCGAUCCACCAUGGCGUCAGUAGUUCAAAUGCUCAGUAGCCACUGCUCAAGCCGCCCAACACCUGCCCGACCUGCAUUUCUUAUAUAUAGUGACAUAGAGCGAGACAUUACUUUGCUAGCAUCUACUUCAGGGGCUUCUGAGUCUGAACAAUCCAAGGAUAGAGAUGGGACAACGUACCUUUUGGUUCACUGAAACAUCAUGUGAAUUGUAUCCUAAACAAUAGACAAGGAAAGGAUUUACUGAUUUAGUACAGCAAAGAGGAAUUAAAUUGGCAACAUGUAAAAUUAAUUUGAUUAAAACAUUUUGUGGAAACCUUAUUGUUGUUCGUUGUCAUAUGGGGGAAUGUUUAGAUAUGGCUUGAGCUA